AUGCUGGGCGGCCGUGAAGAUGAACCGCUCGCUAAUGAUGGAGGCGCUGCAAUCAUAGGGGAAAAUGUCUCCACUGAACCACGUUUCCAAGUGAGCCAUGAAAGGCGCUUCCGUGAUGGUGGCCGGGGAUCCAUUCACGAUGAGGGGGUCCUCAUUCCUUUCCAGGCCCAGAGCCGUUCCAAACAUCUCAACGAUCUCAGUCAUGACUCGGUCGAGCCAGACGAAGAGCGUGCCCACCUGAACACUUCCCGGGCUAUCCCGAUCCCCCAGGCACGAGUUGCAUACAAGUGGCAGGUAUGA